AAUGUCAUAACAUCGAGUUCUUCAAUCUCUCUCCUCUCUCUCUCUCUCUCUGUCUCUCUCUCUCUCUCAUUCGUCCCCAAAAUCACAGUCAAACAACACAAUCUAUUCAAAAAUAUAGACACACACACACACACAUAUAUUUGUUAUGAAUCGGAUUGAAAAUCGAGGAAGACAGAGAAGAUGAAUCUGUUAGGUUUUGCAUCGACCAUGGAUUUGGUAGCUUGGAGGGGAUUCGUUUUCACGGUAUUCAUCCUCCAUUUCGUCUUCGCUUGCCAAUUGCUCCUCCUCCAACCACUCGUCUCUGCCCUAGAUGGGAAACCUGGUAAUGCUGCUGAGUUGUUUGAGAGAGUUUCACAAAGUGUAAAGGUGAAACAUUAUAGUGAGGCACUUGAUGAUCUAAAUGCUGCUAUAGAGGCAGAUCCAACACUUUCAGAGGCUUAUUGGCAUCGUGCAUCUAUUCUUCGUCAGUUGUGCAGAUACGAGGGUUCAGAGAAGAACUACAAAAAGUUUCUGGAGAUGAAACCUGGAAAUUCAGCUGCAGAGAAGGAACUUUCUCAAUUGUUACAGGCUCAGAGUGCCCUUGAGACAGCUACAACUCUCUUUGAUUCAGGCGACUUUACAAAGUCAUUGGAGUAUAUCGAUAAAGUUGUUCUUGUAUUUUCUCCUGCAUGUUCAAGGGCCAAACUCCUUAAGGUGAAGUUAUUGUUAGCUGCUAAAGAUUAUUCAGGUGCCAUCUCUCAGACAGGGUAUAUUCUUAAAGAAGAUGAGAACAAUCUAGAGGCAUUACUGCUACGAGGUCGUGCCUACUAUUAUUUAGCUGAUCAUGAUGUUGCUUCAAGGCAUUUCCAGAAAGGUCUUCGUCUGGACCCAGAACAUAGUGAACUAAAGAAAGCAUAUUUUGGAUUGAAAAAUUUACUCAAGAAGACUAAAAGUGCAGAAGAUAACAUAAAUAAGGGUAAGCUGCGUCUGGCAGUGGAGGACUAUAAAGCAGCCCUUGCACUGGACCCAAAUCAUCUUGCACACAAUGUACACCUUCAUGUUGGUUUGUGUAAUGUCUUGGUUAAGCUUGGUAGGGGAAAGGAUGCUGUGAGUAGUUGCACAGAAGCACUUAACAUUGACGAGGAGAUUAUAGAAGCUUUAGUUCAGAGGGGUGAAGCGAAACUUCUGAUAGAAGAUUGGGAGGGAGCUGUUGCGGAUCUAAAAUCUGCAGCUGAAAAAUCACCUCAGGAUACGAAUAUUCGUGAAACACUGAUGAAGGCUGAGAGAUCGUUGAAGUUGAGCCAACGAAAGGACUGGUACAAGAUCUUGGGAGUUUCAAAGACUGCAUCCAUAUCAGAGAUUAAACGGGCAUAUAAGAAGCUGGCUUUGCAGUGGCACCCAGAUAAGAAUGUUGACAAUAGAGAAGAAGCAGAGGCCAAAUUCCGAGAAGUAGCCGCUGCAUAUGAGGUUCUUGGAGAUGAAGAAAAACGUACAAGAUUUGAUAGAGGGGAAGACAUUGAAGACAUGGGUAUGGGGCCGGGGGGUGGUGGAUUUAACCCUUUUGGUGGUGGGGGACAUCAAUACACAUUUCACUUUGAAGGUGGCUUUCCCGGUGGUGGAUUUGGCGGAUUCCAAUUUUGACCACCUAGUCAAGCAUGUGGAUUAUUAUUCUACUGUUGGUUUCACAAAGAAGGUUAUGGAGCGGUCUCUGCUUUUUUCUGUAGUAGCAGGAUGCCUAUUUGACUGGCUAACAACAGGUUUAUUGGUGGUGAAACAUCCUAGGUCAUUUUUCAAAUGUUUGAUAGAAGAAACAAGUCGUAUUCUCCUGAAGAAGGUUUCACUGUGGAUCAUCAUAUUUUUUUUGUAUGAGUUGAUUAAAAGUAGAUAAGCCCUCAUUUCCGUGUAAUUUUCGGUUAUUCUGGACUCCAACAGGCUUAAAAAUGUGGUUGAGAGAUAAUUGAAUUUAUUUUUAUAUCACACUAUGAAGCAAAUAAACAUCAGUAGGCAUAUAUAGGAAAGAGUUUUGGCAGUUUUUCUGGUAUUUGAUCCAUCACAAGAGCUUGAUAUUUUACUUUCUUUGAACCCAAUGUGUCUUCAGAUCUUUCGAUGAUGAAAUCUUUGGUACCCAUCUCCUGCCACGGGAUCUUUGUCCCAAAUUUCUUACUUGUCAGUUUUCACUUGUCUCAGAACAGUCACAGUAGUUGAAUUAUAGUUUGAUAUUCUUGUA